AGCUGCUAUAUGAUCUUUACGUCGUUGUGCUCUUAUUUAUAAAUUCUUUGUCUCGUCCUCGCCGCAGUGACCACGAGGUCGUGACAAACCUGGUACGAGAUGGUGGAUUGCUAUUCAUUUUCAUGCUUGUCUGCAGACUUGCGGCAUUCUUUAACAACCUCUUUGGCGGGGCUGCGGAAACAUUUAUUGUGUUGAUAUUUGUAUGGUCUCUCGAUGUCAUCCUAACCUUCAAGUUGUUCAUCAGGUUCAAGACGGUGGAGGAAAAUUUAGCUACAGACGAGGAUCAGGGAACGCUGACCUCACAAGCCGUCCUCAUCGUGGAAGAGAUUGAGAUGAUGUCUGUAUAAUGUCAAUAUUAGUGUGUAACUAU